CAUGGCCGGGUUGGAUAGGCUGCAGAGUGCUGGCACGGGUCCAUGCCUCGGGGUGCCGGGGUUACAGGAUGCCGGGGCCCCUCUGCGCUACCCCCAAACCUCUCCCCCACGGCCUCAGCCUCCCAGAGCCCUAGGAACUACCUCCCGCUCGCCGAUGCUAGUCCGCAUCCUAGGAUCGGCCUGACACCCUCCCCACCGCGACCUGUGUUCUCGACUGUGGGACUGUGUGCGUGCGACUAGGCAAGCCCAGUGACCUCGCGAACACCGGGACAGGUGCUGGCAGCCUAGUGCCCCAGGAGGUCGGGGCUGGAGCCGGGAACCUGUAUCUAACCUUUCCCCAGGAGUGUAUAUCUGCAAAUGUUUGGCCAGCACUUGAGGGAGCCCAGCGGAGGCGCCCUCGAGAGGCACUCCUGCCCAUGCUGACUGCCCAGCCCUCUGGCUGCUGCCGCCAUGAGUAACACCACAGUGCCCAAUGCCCCCCAGGCCAGCAGCGACUCCAUGGUGGGCUAUGUGUUGGGGCCUUUCUUCCUCAUCACCCUGGUCGGGGUGGUGGUGGCUGUGGUAAUGUAUGUCCAGAAGAAAAAGCGGGUGGACCGGCUUCGACAUCACCUGCUCCCCAUGUAUAGCUACGACCCCGCCGAGGAGCUACAUGAGGCUGAGCAGGAGCUACUCUCUGACGUGGGAGACCCAAAAGUGGUGCAUGGCUGGCAGAGUGGCUACCAGCACAAGCGGAUGCCCUUGCUGGAUGUUAAGACCUGACCCCCUUGCCCGGAUCUUCAGAGCCCUGGGGUCCUGAAGUGGCCAGUGCUGUGCAGCCUGCUCUCCCUUCUCCCACUAGCCCUUACCCAGCACCCUCCUUCCCCACCCCCACAGCCUUUCCCAUCCUUUGUGGGCUGAGCCUAUUGUCCUUCCAGGCACUAAGGGGAGAUUUUCAUUUUGGGGGUUAACUAGGGGGGCAGGGAGCUUUGCACUUUCUGUGGGCCCCAUUUUUCUUUAGCCCUCCCUGACCUGACUUUGAAGUUCUUUACAUGGGAACAAGGCCUGAUGUACAGUAUUCAGUAUAUUUUAUAAAUAAAAUGGUUUGUGGUUAGGGGCGUGAUUUC